AUGCCUACAGGAUCAUGUCUAUGUCACAACCUGAAGUAUGAUUAUACCUCAGAGCCCGUAACGAAGGCAACAUGCUACUGUCUAUCCUGUCGAAAGAUCAGCGGCGGAACAAACACAUUGAACCUGUUGAUCCCAGAGGACAAAUUUCGUGUCACUGAGGGCACUGCCACAAGCUAUACUGAGAUGCACGAAAGUGGCAUGAAAUUGACAAUCAACUUCUGCAGCAAAUGUGGUUGUUCUAUCUAUAAGACGCAUGAAAAGUUCCCAGGGAUGAUUGUUAUCUUAGCAGGAACACUCGAUGGACCCGACGCACUUGAACAAUCUAAGCCAGAGGCAGAAUUAUAUUCUCAACAUCGUGUUGGAUGGCUGCCAGAUUUUAGUUGGGCAGAACGGAGAGCGGAGUUUUAA